AUGGUGAGAGGAGUGUUCUUUCCAUCACGACUGCGGUGGUCUGCCUUCCGCCCCCACCUUCAUCGGGAUCCUUGCGCGAUCUGCGAAAGUGCCGUCGAAGCGAGCUCGAAGUCUCGCCCCGUAUCGUAUCAGAAUGAUGGUGAGAGGAACAAGGAUACCCUUGCAAUGCCCUCCACCCCUCAAUACGCGGGGAAGGAGGGAAAAACCGUGGUGGAGAUGCGACUCCACGGAUUGAAGGCGUGGCUAAACGAAUUUUCGACACCACCACCACCAUCUCGACUCCAACGUGAGGGGCUUCGGCCCUCCUGGGAGGCCUUUAAGGAGCCCACCUCAGUCCUCACGGAGGACCUUCUGAGUGGGGCCGCGGCGUAUUUGGAUAGUUUUUGUGAACGAGCAGCAGCCCCUGCGGAAGCGCGCGCGUUUGAACGGGCAGCCGAGGAUCUGCUCGAUCCGCGGAUGGUUCUCCCCACCACGCUUCGUCUACCGACGCCGGAGGAGGGGGGAGCCCGAGAACCCCCACCCCCACCCGCGGUGGCGAUUGGCGGUGAGGAUGACUUUCUCGUGCGCAUCCACGCCGCUCUCCCCUCCCGUGAGGCCGUCGUCAAGCAAUGGAACUUCCGUGAGGCGUUGCUUGCCUUUCGUGAGGCGGCGAAUACCCUUCAGUUGCCUUUCUUCCUGGCUUGUGGGACCGCCCUGGGGGCGCGACGGGAGGGGUAUUUCAUCCCACACGAUGAGGACGUCGAUGUUGGGGUUUUCUUUGAGGAUUUGCCGCCCGUCGGUGCAAGGGCGGUGCAACUCGAGGCUUCAUCGCGAAGUGCUAUCGAAUCCAACCGGGGGCCGGACCCCAUUUCCGCGGUCGAGCUCGCAUCUAGAGCUAUUCUGGAGUUGAUCUUUUUGCUGACGAAGGAUUCCAAGUUUAUUGUGAUCGAUGUGUGUGGAACGGUUUGGAAGGGGUUGGAACUGCGCUUCUUGCACGCGCCGACAUCCGUUCGGCUGGAUCUGAAUGUCUACUAUCCACCACUUUCAGACGAUGAGAAUCUCGUAGCGGCCUUUGGUGGACCGUUUGUGUGGUCCGCAACGUAUUAUGCGGAUGCUGGCUUACGGAAGCAUCAGAUGUACCGCUUUCGCUACCACCCUUUUCGAGAGGAGCUAGAGGAUACGACUUUCUGCUUUUCAAGUUCGUCAAAGGCGGGGGGGAAAGGUAUGUUGAUGGGAGGUGGACCACCUAUGAAGCUUCCGCCCAUACGAUACUUGGAAGAGUACUAUGGCGAGGACUGGCAGACUCCGAAGAAAUUUUCAUACUUCGAAGGGCUUAGCGGCGGCUUCCAAAAUAUCAUUGAGGAAUGA